AUGUUAGAUGAAAACUUGUCAUGCCUAUUGGAUGAAAGUGAUGAUGAUUGUAUUAAGAAAAAAAAAAAAAAAAAUGAAUUGAAAAAUAAGCCAAUAUUCCAUUCUACUAAGGGAAGUAUACAAAAAAGUAAUAGGCAAAACCCAGCAAGCUCUAUACUUAAUUUCAAUAUUCGCAAUAUUGGAAAUUUAGAUAGUUUUUUUAAAAAUAAUAAUGACGAAAAUAGAAAUGUAAGUAACAACAGUAGUAGUAUUAAUGCUACUGAUCAUUUUAAUUAUCAAAAUUUCCCUCCAAAUAAUUCACUAGUUUAUAGUAAUAUAAAUGGUGAGGAUGAUAGUAAUAUAAGUACGUUAGGAAAAGGGGAAGCAAAUAAAACAAAAAAUUAUGAACAAGUCAGCAAAAAAUGGUAUAAAGAUAAUAAUUUAUAUGAACAAAAAAAUGCCCAAUUAAAAAAUAAUAACAAUAAUAACAGUAAUAAAAAUGUGUUGAACUCUGAAAUGCACGAAAGUGUAAAUAAUACAAAUGACACAAAUAAAAAAGAGACUGUUCACGAAAUUGGAAACCAUUGCAAAUUAAGCAAAAAUAAAAAUGAUGAUAAUAAUAAUAGUAUAUAUAAUAAAGAAGAGGACAAAUUAUAUAUGAACACGACAAGGAAUAUAUCGAGAAAUAUAUCUAGACAUGAAACAAAUUUGUAUAAAGAACAAUUUUUAACAAAACAAGUAAAUAAUGAUGAAAUAUUUCAAAGACAAGAAGUUUAUAAAACUGAUGAUGGCACAAUAGAAACUGAUAUAUGUAAUUGGCUCGAUGAAAAUAAUAAAUCAAAUAAUGAUAUUAUGAAAGUAAAUAGUAAUAAAGAAAGUGACGAAAUAGUUUUACGUAAUAGUGAAAUUGUAAAAAAUGGAUUUUCUAAUUCUUCCUAUAUAAGUGAAAAAAAUAAUGGCAACAAUCAGAAUAUUGAUAGCUUGUUAAGUUUUGAAACUAAUAAAAAGAGUAAUUCAGGAUCCAUAUUAAAUAGCAUCGAUUCUGUUGAUAUGGUACAUUUAAAAAAAGCGGGUCUACAAAAUAGUAAAAAUAAUAUGAAUGAAUUGACAAAUAAUAUCCCAAGCUAUAUCAGUAAAGAAGUUCCAAUUAUGGUUGAAAAUAAUUUAACUGAUAAUGAUAAUGAUAUAUUAUCAUCAAAUAAAUAUAAUAAGGAUUAUGAUCGAAACAGAAAAUUAAUAUAUUGUUAUUCAUUUAUAAAAUAUAAUUCAUGGCUAAAAGCUUUAAAAAUUUUAAACCUUCCAAUAGACCCAUUUCAUUUAAGUAUUAAUGCACAUAAAUAUAUUCGAAGAAAUAGUAACUCAAAUAAUAAUGAUUCAUUUCUUUAUACAUAUAAUAUACAUAAUAUUUUAAAAAAUAAACAUUUUUCUAAUUAUAAAGUUAGUAAAAUGAUUGUUCUUAUAAAAAAUAUAAAAUGUCAUAGUCAUGGAUAUUUUGUUAUUUGUAUGGAUCCAUCGGGUCAAAUGCCUGCAUCUUUACAUCAAGAAAUUGAAAAGGAAUAUAAAAAAUAUAUAGAUGUAGGUUCAACACUAAUACUUAAAGAUGUAACUGUUUUUGAAACUAUAGAUAAUUUGCCAUAUUUAAUUAUAACGUUAAGAAGUCUUGUUCGAGUUAUAAAAGCAGAAGAUACACAUUACUCAGUUAAGGACGAAAUAUAUGAUAAAAUAUGUUCAUUAAUAAAAUAA